CCGGGAAUAUAAAGGGCAAGUGGUGAGGCCUGGCCUCAGAGCGCCCCAAACCCGACACCAUGAAGAUCCCCGUUCUUCCCGCCAUGGUCCUCCUCUCUGUCCUGGCGCUCCACUCGGCUCAGGGGGCUGCCCUGGGCGGGGCUGAGGAAGAAACCACCGUGGACAACUACGAGGCAAAACCUGAGGCCUUUAACGCCCAGUUCCUGAACGUUGACAAGUUGCGAUCUGUCCUGAAGCCCGACGAGUUCCUGAACUGGCAUGCCCUCUUUGAGACUAUCAAAAGGAAACUUCCUUUCCUCAACUGGGAUGCCUUUCCUAAGCUGAAAGGACUGAGAAGCUCGACUCCUGAUGCCCAGUGACCACUCCCUUAGAGGCCUGGCACUGCUGAUACCCACGAGAGAUGGGGCGGGUGUGGGAUCUGGUCACCGUCCUCUAAUCACUCAGGAAGGCCAAUAAAAUGUUUUCCAAACA